AUGGUCGACUGCCUUACCUGGCAGAUGCUCAGAUGCACGGAAGACUUGGACGACCAGUUGCUCUUCUUCGUGACGGCGUGGCCCGAGCUCAACAGGGACGAGCUCGAGAAUCGCCUGUCGCAAUUCCGGGAGACAUUGAUUCAAUCAAAUCUGCAAGCUUACAUCAUCCCGACGGAUGAUGCGCACAUGUCGGAAGUUCCGCCUGACUGCUUUGCAAGAAGAAGAUUUCUGACAGGCUUCUCAGGCUCUGCGGGAACUGCGCUCGUGACGCCAACGGAAGCCAUGCUUUGGACAGACGGGAGAUAUUUCAUACAGGCGAAAAUGGAGCUCGGCAGCUCAUGGAAGCUGAUGAAAUCUGGGAUAGAGGGUACUCCUGACUUGGGCGACUGGCUUUCUCAGAAUCUGCGACAAGGAGAUCUGGUGGGGAUUGAUCCAUCCGUGCACGCUGCUCUCCCGACUCUGGAGCUGCAGAGUAAGCUUCGGAAAGCCGGCAUAGAUCUGCGGUGCAUCGAGCCGAACCUCGUGGAUCAGAUUUGGAAAAGCGGCAGAAGUUGGCCCAGCAGCCCAGUAAGACUGCAUCCUCAGGCUGUAGCGGGUGCCUCUGCAUCGGAGAAACUGAAAGGUGUCAGGCAAAAGAUGGCCGAACAGGGGGCAGAUGUCGUUCUCGUGACGGCAUUAGAUGAAGUAGCGCUGCUGGGUUUGCAAGCCGGUCGCCAUUUCCACUUCCGUUUUGGGUAUUUGUUCAAUAUUCGAGGAGGCGAUGUUCGCCACACUCCGGUUGUUUUGGCCUUUGCCCUUGUUGACAUGGAGGGGGCUUCUAUCUUCGUUGAUGACGGCAAGGUGACAAGAGAGGUUCGAAAGUAUUUGGAAGACUUGCAAGUCGAAGUGAAUCCCUAUGCAUCGUUUGGCCAAGCUGUUAGAAAACGAGUGCAAUCUGGGCAGCGCGUUUGGAUGGACACCAAGCGCUCCAACUAUUCGCUGUUCCUGGCCAGUGGACAGGAAGGACCAGCAGUGACAAAGAGAUCGCCUGUUGCAGAAAUGCAGGCAUGCAAGAAUCAAGCGGAGAUUAAGGGCAUGGUGGAGGCCCAUCGUCGUGACGGCGCUGCAUUGUGCCGUGCCUUUGCGCAACUUGAAGCUAUGCUGAAGCGUGGGGAAGUUGUGACGGAGAUUGAUGUUGACAGAGUUGUGACCGCUUCGCGUGCUGCAGCGCUUGGCUACCUGGAGCGAUCCUUCGAUACCAUUGCCGGCUAUGGGCCCAAUGCUGCAAUUAUCCAUUAUGUAGCGCAGGCAGAGUCUGCAGCAACUGUCGGUACCGACUCCAUGCUACUGCUGGACUCUGGUGCACAGUACCACGACGGCACGACGGAUGUGACUCGAACUUUGAAAUUUGGCAUGCCGACCAGCCGAGAGCGUGAGUUGUUCACCCGCGUUCUCAAAGCACACAUUGGCCUUGCAACGGCAACAUUCCCUGCUGACGUUCCGUGCUUCGUACUGGAUGCAUAUGCCCGUCGCCCUUUGUGGGAGGUGGCAGUCGAUUACCGCCAUGGCACCGGGCACGGGGUGGGAGCGGCGCUUGCCGUGCAUGAGAUUCCGCCAUACAUUGGCCAACGCUUUGAAAACCGUGACCCAUUGAAGGCUGGAAUGAUUGUCAGCAAUGAGCCCGGGCUGUAUCUCGAGGGAUGCCUUGGGAUCCGAAUCGAAAAUCUUAUGCUUGUGGUUCAAAAGGCUGUGGGCAAAGACGGCAGAAGCUAUCUGGGCCUGUGCCCGAUCACCUUGGUCCCGAUUCAGAGAAACCUCGUCGAUGCAUCUUUGCUCUCAAACGCAGAACUCUCCUACCUCAACGCAUAUCAUGCGCGAGUCGCAGACGAACUAUUCCCGAUCCUGUCCGAGCUUGGCGAUACAGAGGCCUUGCAGUUCCUUCAUCGCGAAACUGCAGAGAUUCAGCGGCCAGAUGAUGUUUGUUGGGAUGAUAUCCAUGCAAGGGAAGCAGCGAGAGCUUCACCGGCACACGAUCAAGGUUUGCAACCCAAUCCUGGCGACGAAAAGUUAAGAGCUUAUGAAAUUGCCGGCUUCAGACCCUUCACGCUUUCUAGCACGUGCGGCACCAUGUGGUCAUGUGGAGCCCUGCUUCCCGGAUGCAUUCAGUCGCGAAGCCGCGAAGGCAUGCAGCAAGCCAUGCCGGUCGCGACCAUCAGCCUCAAUACACGUAGCGUCGGCACCGCCAUCGUGAUCCAUGCUGGCAAUAUGAUUACGGCAGAAAAACAUGCAGCCAUGGAAGAGGCCGAAGGAUUCCAUGAAGAUGUGACAGGAGUCACUUUCCAGGUUUUCGUAGAAGUCGUUGUUGGAUCCCUGCUAGCGCUGUGGGGCGGCAUUGGGGACUUCAAGCCAAUUCGAGCAAGCGAUCCCAAGAAGCCACGAUGGGAGUCCCUUCAUGCCCGUCCAGACUUUCACAGCUACAGAACUCGCGCCAAGUUCAUGAGGUCACUGCUCACAAACAUCGAGUCACCGAGCGCUGCCUUUGAUGGCAAGUUCUGGGACCUCUUUACGACAUGGGAUGUGACUGACAUUCCAGAUUUAUCGGGCAAAGUGGCAAUCGUGACCGGGCCCACAGUCAAUGGGAUUGGCUUUGAGUCCGCAGUCGAGAUGUCCAGGAAAGGGGCACAGGUCAUUCUUGCAGGACGAAGUGAGGGCAAGGGCCAAGAGGCCUUGAAGGAGCUGCUUCGGAGGGUGCCCGAUGCCAAGGCCGACUUCAUGAAGCUAGACCUGAGCAGCCUCAAGCAAGUGAAAGAGUUUGCCAUGAAUUUCAAGGCGAAGCGCUUGCCUUUGCAGCUCGAAGGCAGAAAAGCCAGUCUUGGGCAGCCUUCCUGGGUUCUGCUGGAAGAUCUCCCGGCACCGGCCGCAAGCAAGAACUGCGACGACAAAUUGAAGCAUGGCGCGUGGAAUGGUAAAGCUGCGAUGUCACCUCUGAAUCAUGCCGCACAGAACUAG